AUGAUGAUCGCAGCUUUGAGGCAGCUGGCUACCAAUGCACUGCUUGGUCGCGCCCUGCCCCUUGCCGCCACCGCCACCGCGCGCCGCGCGGCAGCAGCAGCGGCGGGCCCCGAUGAGCGCAUAUACUCCGGCCCCAAGGAGCCAACCGUGAAGUCGGUUACGCUGCGCACGCUGCGCGCCAAGUACGAGCGCGGCGAGCCCAUCUCCAUGGCGACCGCCUACGACUACCCCUCAGCAGUGCACGUUGACCAGGCUCACAUAGACAUCCUGCUCGUAGGUGACUCAGCGGCUAUGGUCGUCCACGGCCACGAUACCACGCUGCCCAUCACCCUGGACCACAUGCUGGCGCACUGCCAAUCCGUCUCGCGUGGCGCGCAGCGCGCGUUCCUGGUGGGCGACCUCCCCUUUGGAUCGUACGAGCUGUCGGCGAGGGACGCCGUGGGGUCUGCCAUGCGCAUGCUCAAGGAGGGCAACAUGGACGCCGUCAAACUGGAAGGCGGCAGCCCGGCGCGCGUGGAGGCGGCGCGUGCGAUCGUGGAGGCGGGCAUUGCCGUGAUGGGCCACGUGGGCCUCACGCCACAGUCCGUCAGCGUCCUGGGCGGCUUCCGCCCGCAGGCGCAGGUCGCGGGUGAGGCCAUGCGCGUGCUGCACCAGGCGAAGGCGCUGCAGGCGGUCGGCUGCUUCUCCAUCGUGCUUGAGUGCGUCCCGGGGCCCAUCGCGGCUGCCGUGACCAAGGCGCUGAGCAUACCCACCAUCGGCAUCGGCGCGGGCCCAGCGACCAGCGGGCAGGUGCUGGUGUAUCACGACUUGCUUGGCAUGAUGAGUCACCCCCACCACGCCAAGGUCACACCGAAGUUCUGCAAGCGCUACGCCGAGGUGGGCGCCACCAUCCAGGCCGCCCUGCAGGCGUACCGCGAUGAUGUGGCGUCCCGCAGCUUCCCGGGGGUGCGGUACAGCCCGUACAGCAUCAAGCCUGGGGAGGUUGCAGCGCUUGAGGAGGAGCUGGCGGCGGCGGGGAUGCCGGAGGCGGCCGGGGCGCUGAGGGCAGCGGCGCAGGAGGAGGCGGACGCACGGGCGGCGGCGGCGGCGUAUGCGAAAGGCGCGCGCGGGGCAACCCACUGA